CCAGUAGUGUACUUUUUUAUUAUUAUUUGUAAAAGGCAAAUGACAGCUGUCUUCAAAUUUAAACAGUCGAUUGCAAAUCAACUUUCAAAGUUAACAUCAUGUCCAUCUAAAGAUAUUUUAACAUUAAUGAGGCCAUCCAUUCCGACAAAGGGUGGUAACAUGUCUAUUUCUUUACCUAAACUCAACUUCACCAUGAAUGCACAACCAAAUAUAGAGGCAAAGGAUAUUUUAAAUAAAUUUGAAUUGGAUGAAUAUAUUCAAAGAGUUACUUUUGAAAACAAUAGUUUAUUUUUCAAAUUUCGAGAAACAGAGUUUGCAAAGCAAGUACUCCAGCAAGUUUACCAAGAUCAAGAAACGUAUGGUUGGGCACAUAUACCAAAACCCGUAGAAAGUACUGUAUUAGUGGACUAUAGUUCUCCUAACAUAGCAAAGCCCUUUCAUGCGGGUCAUUUACGAAGUACAAUUAUUGGAAACUUUAUUAAACAGAUACAUGAAGCUUUAGGCUACCAGGUUAUUGGUAUCAAUUAUUUAGGUGAUUGGGGAAAGCAAUAUGGUCUAUUGGCUAUCGGGUUCGAAAGAUAUGGAGACGAGUCAAAAUUAUUAUCAGAUCCAAUUCAUCAUUUAUAUGAAAUAUAUGUUAAAAUUAAUGCAGAAGCAGAAGCAGAUCAAGAAAUCAAUAAACAAGCAAAUAAUUAUUUCAAGCGAAUGGAAGAAGGUGACCCUGUAACAUUAAAACAAUGGGAAAGGUUCAGAAACAUAAGUAUUCAGUCUUUAUCCGCCAUGUAUGAAAGACUUAAUGUUAAGUUUGAUGUUUAUUCAGGAGAAUCUCAAGUAAACUCAUAUAUACCAAAAGUAAUAGACAUGAUAAAAGAACACCCAUUAUCAAGCAAUACACCAGAGAAUGCAUUAGUAAUAGACUUGGAGAAAUAUAAUUUAGGAACGGCAGUGAUUCAACGAGCCGAUGGAACUUCACUUUACGCUACACGUGAUUUAGCAAGUCUAUUGAUGAGAAAGAAUACAUAUCCAUUUCAAAAGGCUAUUUAUGUUGUAGGAAGUGAACAGGCACAUUAUUUUAAACAACUAUUUCAAAUAGCCGAGUUGAUAAUGUCUCCAUCUUUUAAUUUACAACAUAUUCAAUUUGGACGUAUCAAGGGCAUGUCUACGAGAAAGGGGACAGUCGUUUUCUUGGAAGACAUUUUAGAUACAGUGAAGGAAAGAAUACUAGAGUAUAUGAAAAAGGAUGAAGGGAAAAGCCAGUUGACACACUUGGACAAGAUUGCAGAUCAAUUGGGUACAUCAGCUAUCUUAAUUCAAGACAUGAAAUCUAAAAGAGAGAAAGAUUACAAAUUUUCCUUAGAUAGAAUGACAGAUCCUAGAGGUGAUACUGGUGUUUACUUACAAUAUGCACAUGCAAGAGCUUAUGGUAUUGAGCAAAAGUCGGGUAUCGAAAUUAAUCCAGAUUGUGACUUUUCUUUAUUAAAAGAAAAAGAGGCCAUGAAUCUAAUUCAGUCUAUAUCCCAAUUCCCAGAGAUAGUUGAAUUUGCCUUUUCAUCAUUAGAGCCAAGCACAAUAGUAAACUAUCUGUUUAAAUUAUCGAAUGCUACAAAUGCAGCAAAUAAUAGUUUAAGAGUGAAAGAUAUGGAUAUAGACAUUGCAAGAGCACGUAUGUUAUUAUUCUGGUCUGCACGUAUCACUUUGAAGAAUGGUUUACAUCUUUUAGGCAUUAAAGCUAUUGAUAGAAUGUAGAUAUAAGACAAAAGAAAAUUCUAAAAAUAGUAUUCAAAAAAAAAUUAAAGUUAUCUACAAUAAUAAAAACUAACGAUCUACAGCCCCAAUAGUAGUAAUAAAGUUAUACUUGGUCGAAAAAAUUAUUCCUCGGAUAUAAUUGGUCAAUUAUUGAAGUUAAUAAGAGGAGAUAGUAGUAAAUAUUUCUUCAAGAAGGAAAAAAAAAGAUGACACCCCCUUUCCUACAUAAUUUGUGUUAAAGGCUAUUUUUGUUACUUUAACAUGUUGAUUUCAUUCUAUUUAACAAUAAGUUUAUCGGUAUCGAUAUUGUUUUUAUAUAUAUGUAAGGAAAAGUAAUAUAUAUAAAGACAUGCAUAGUAGACAAUCACUAAGAAAGAUACAAAAU